UCAAAAUUUGAAUUUUGCAAACAAAAUUCUUGUUUGUUGGCUUUAUUAUUAACCAAAUUAUUAACAGCAAAGAAAAUAUAAACAGGAUAGUAAUUAAAAGUACUGAGCCGUACAAGUUGUAAGAAAUAAUUAAUCCUGGCGGCUGGCGCAAUGGAGAAAAUUCCACCGAGCAUUGAACACUUUAUAAAUACCUGGAAUGCCGAAUUCCAAAACUAUCCGCUAACAGCCAUAGAUCUUAAAAAGCCCCAGACACUAAUGGGAGCUUUAUUCCAAGUUUUUGAUCGAUUCGGGAUUGACAGAGAUGCAGUACUAGCGCCUCCACCAGAAGAAAGUCAAAACCAGCAUACAAUCUACUACUGGGAUCUGUUACCCAUUAUCAACAUGACAAGGGUUUUCAACCACUUAGUAUCAGUGAUGCCACAGAAUGUGGACUUCACGAUAUCCAUCAAUUAUUUUCUGCAACCCAGUUACACCACAUCUCACUCACUCCUUAUGUUUAUGUUCAAUAUGAUGCUGUUCUAUGAAGAUAGAUUGAGGAAUCUAGAACCUCUUGAAACAAGUUUAUUUGCUAAGACUGAUGAGGUGAAAGCUCUGAAUGAUGAAAAAAAUAGGCUCCUUGAGAUGCUUAACCAGCAGGCAGAAGAAAAGGCAAAAAGAUCAGAGAGAUUAGAGAAGCUAGAUAGUGAAAUUGCACAGAUCGAAGAAGAAAUAAAACAAGAAAAGGAAGCUGUUGAUGCGGACAAACAGGAACUUGAGACAGUACAAAAAGAAAGAGCUGAGUUAGAACAUGUUCUGGAACAGAAGAAAGGUCAGAGGGAUGCUCUUCUCGCUGAGAUUGAGAAGAAAGAAGCACUCAGGGUGUAUGAUGCUGAUGAUAUUCAGGCCAAAGUGGAACAAGCCAAAAAGGACUGUCAAGAGGCUGAAGAGAAACUGAACUCACUGAGGGCAACUCUACUGCAAAAGGAGAAUAGUUUAAUAAAUUUACAAAACAUUAAACCUUCUUUAGAAACUGCUAAUAAUUUGUUGAGUGAGAUUGAAAAACUGACAGAUAGCAUAAGGGAUUACGAGACAGGUGACCUAGAGUCUGACAGUGCGGAGGGAGAGCUAGAUGUGCUGAUCACGGAAGUGAAUGAACUGGAGGCACAGUUGAGUGAGAUUAGAGCUGCGAGGGCUGAUGCUGCUGCCAAAAGAUUGGAGAAUGAAGCCAAGAGAGAACAGGACAGAGCGAUGGCAGAAAGCUGUCUGAAAGAAUCUGAAGAGAAAGAAAAGAAGAAUAGAGAGCUGAGCAAACACGCGAUACAGCGGGUCCAGGAGAUAAAGCAGGCAACUGUCAAGUAUGAGCAGGAGCGGGUUGAAGGUUUCGAACAGCUGGCUAACAUUAGGCAGACGUUUAUAGCUGAGUUGGAUGCUUUUGAAGAUGCACUGCGUAAAAAAGCUUUGGAGUCCAAAGAGAAAAUAGAAGAAAGACUUAAGCAAAGAUAAGGUUAAAGUUAUUACUGUAAGUUUUCACCAAUUUAUAACGUAAUAUAAUUUUAUUUCAUU